CUCCAGCUGUACUCUUCAUACUCCCUCUGUCUCUCUCAGCUGCAGGACGCAUCAUCAUCGACAAGACGUGCUGUCAAUGUUCCUCACUUGGAAAUGUCACUCAUAAUCCACUUUGUAACAGCUUUGGCACUGUGGUGGCCCGCCAGGGCCCAGCUGCCAGAGUUUGGGGAUGUUUGCACCAAAGGGAGCUGCUACCCCGCCACAGGUGACCUGCUGAUCGGCCGCGCGCACAGGCUCAGCGCCUCCUCCACCUGCGGACUCAAGCAGCCGGAGCGCUACUGCAUCGUCGGACAUCUGGAGGACGAGAAGAAAUGUUUUGUGUGCGACUCGAGGAAGCCGUUCAACGAGGACACCAACCAAGACAGCCACACCAUUGAGAACCUGGUCACCACGUUCGCCCACAACCGCCUCAAGACCUGGUGGCAGUCGGAGAACGGUGUGGAGAAUGUGACCAUCCAGCUGGACCUGGAGGCCGAGUUUCACUUCACACACCUUAUUAUGACCUUCAGGACGUUUAGGCCAGCUGCCAUGUUGAUCGAGCGGUCCAUGGACUUUGGGAAAACAUGGCAGGUUUAUCGUUACUUUGCCUACGACUGCGAGUCAUCCUUCCCCGGUGUGCCCUCCGGGCCAAUGGCCAGAGUGGACGAGAUAGUCUGUGACUCCCAUUACUCAGACAUCGAACCAUCCACAGAGGGAGAAGUGAUAUUUCGGGUGCUGGACCCCGUCUUUCAGAUUGAGGACCCCUACAGCCUGAGGAUACAGAACAUGCUGAAGAUCACUAAUCUCCGGGUGAAGUUCACCAAGCUCCACACAUUGGGCGACAACCUGCUCGACUCCCGCGACGAUGUGAUAGAGAAGUACUACUACUCCCUCUAUGACAUGGUCGUCCGUGGCAACUGCUUCUGCUACGGUCAUGCCUCGGAGUGCGCCCCCAUGGAUGGAACAACAUUUGAUGCUGAGGGCAUGGUCCAUGGCCGCUGUGCAUGCAAUCACAACACAGAGGGAUUAAACUGUGAGCGCUGUCAGGACUUUUACCAUGACAUGCCUUGGAGACCUGCAGAGGGGCAAAACACCCACGCCUGCAAGAAGUGCGAGUGUAACCAUCACUCCACAUCGUGUCACUUCGACCUGGCCGUGUACAUGACAACCGGCAACAUUAGCGGGGGCGUGUGCGACGACUGUCAACACAACACGAUGGGCCGACAGUGUGAGCAGUGUGCACCCUUCUACUUCCAGCACCCAAACCGAGACCUCAGGGACCCUAACGUCUGUGAACCGUGUAACUGUGACCCCUCCGGGUCUCUGCAGGGCGGACUGUGUGACUCGCACAAUGAUGUAGCCGCCGGGAUGAUCUCAGGCCAGUGUCGGUGCAAAGCCAAUGUGGAGGGCGAACGCUGCGACAACUGCAAACAGGGACACUACGGACUGGGACAGGGACCUCACGGCUGCCUGCCGUGUACCUGUAACCCGCUGGGAACUCUGCCUGGAGGAAACCCCUGUGAUUCAGACACAGGGAGGUGCUUCUGCAAACGCCUCGUCGACGGACAUAACUGCGAUCAGUGUCUGCCGCAGCACUGGGGUCUAUCCAAUGACAUGGACGGCUGCAGAUCAUGUGACUGCGACCAGGGUGGGGCUGUAAACAAUAACUGUAAUCCUCAAACAGGACAGUGUGUGUGCAGGGAGCACAUGUUUGGACGACGCUGCGAUCAAGUCGAGUCUGGCUUCUACUUUAUCGCUCUGGAUCACUACACCUACGAGGCAGAAGAUGCCAAGCAUGGGCCUGGUGUGACGGUGGUACCGAGGCCUUACCCUCUGGAUCGCAGUCCGACAUGGACCGGUAUGGGUUUUGUUAAUAUGCCAGAAGGAGCUUACUUAGAGUUCAUCAUUAACAACAUCCCAGAGUCCAUGGACUAUGACAUCCUUAUUCGCUAUGAGCCCCAGCUGCCAGACCAGUGGGAGCAGGUGAACAUCCGAGUGCAGCGCCCCGUCUAUAACCCUCCAAACUACUCCUCUCACUGCGGUAACUCCAUCCAGGGCGGAGACGAGCAGUCCAUCUCUCUUCCCCCUGGAUCCAGACACGUGUUGCUGGUGAGACCGGUGUGUUUUGAGCAAGGACUGAACUACACGAUUCAUCUCUCUCUGCCUCUCUACUCUUCAGUCAGUGACGUCCAGAGCCCGUACACACUCGUCGACUCCUUGGUGCUGAUACCCCGGGUCAGGGAGCUGGACAUGUUCCAUGGGGUCGAUGGUGAUGGAGCGUGGGAUACGUUCCAGCGCUACCGGUGUCUGGAGAGCAGCCAGAGCGUCGUCAAAAGCCCCUUGACCGACAUCUGUAACAACUAUAUCUUCAGCGUCUCUGCUCUGCUCCACAAAGGAGCCAUUGCAUGCCAGUGUGACCCUCAGGGUUCACUAAGUGCUUUGUGUGAGCCCAGUGGAGGUCAGUGCCGGUGUCGAUCCAAUGUGGUCGGCAGGAACUGCGACCACUGUGCCCCGGCUACGUUUCUCUUCAGCCCCAACGGCUGCAGGUCUUGCGAGUGUGACGCUCGGGGUUCGAUCGACGCCUUCUGCCACGAGGCGACGGGCCAGUGUGAGUGUGUCCCUGGGGCCACAGGGCGCCAGUGUUCCCACUGCCUGCCCGGCUUCUGGGGCUUCCCUCAGUGUAGAGCGUGCCAGUGUAACGGCCACAGCGAGUACUGCCACCCUCAGACUGGAGAGUGUCAAGGGUGCAGAGACUUUACCACUGGACACCACUGUGAGAGGUGUUUGGACGGUUACCACGGCAACCCAGUGUUGGGUUCAGGUGGCAACUGUCGCCCCUGUAUGUGCCCCGAUGGACCGCGCAGUGGACGCCAGUUUUCUGACAGCUGUUACCUUAUGGCUAAUAGUAACCAGCUUGUGUGUGUGUGCAGCCCUGGCUACAAAGGUGCCAGGUGUGAUGAGUGUGCUCCCGGUUACUUCGGGAACCCUCUGGUGCCCGGUGGGCGCUGCAUGCCCUGCCAGUGCAGCAGCAACAUCGAUAUGCACGACCCGGGGUCCUGUGACGCUCGGACAGGCGCCUGUCUCAAAUGCCUGUACCACACUGAGGGCUACGGGUGUCAACACUGCAAACAGGGUUACUAUGGCAACGCUGCUACUCAGAGCUGCAGGAAGUGUAUGUGUUACUCAGCGGGCACAUCACCUCAGUCCUGUUCCUCCCUUGAUGAGUGUCAGUGUAAUCAGCACAGCGGUCAGUGUCCCUGCCAGCCGAACGUGGUCGGUCAGAACUGCGACCGCUGUGCCGUUGAUACGUGGAACAUCGCCAGCAGGACGGGCUGCCAGAGCUGCAACUGCCACCCCGUCCACUCUUCUGGAUCCUCCUGCGAUGAGGUCACAGGACAGUGCUUGUGCAAACCCGGUUUUGGUGGGAAGACCUGUCGGGAGUGCAGAGAACUCUUCUGGGGGGAUCCAGAGGUCAAAUGUCAUGCUUGUGACUGCGAUUCUCGGGGAAUCUCCAGCAAUCAGUGCCAUCGUGCGACAGGUCAGUGCGCCUGUGUGAAGGGCGUGUCCGGCCAACGCUGUGACGAGUGCGCCAGAGGCUACAUGGGUGAGUUCCCCACCUGUAAACCCUGCCACCAGUGCUUUGCUGUGUGGGACACCGUGGUGGGCGAGCUGACCAAUCAAACCCAACGUCUGGAGGCCCAAGUGACACAGCUGCAGACCAGCGGGGUGACAGCGCCAUAUAAAGAACUGGUCGCCAGCCUGGAGAGAAACGCCAAAGCUGUCAGAGAAAUAGUAGAGAAUAACCCUGCUGCAGUGAAGCUGGAGAAGAUUCAGGACCUGAUGCACCAGAUUACGGGUGUGAUGUCCUACCUAAACGGAAAGCUGAACACGACAGAGGAGACCUUGAACAUUCUCCACAGUGACGCCAAUGCCACCGAUGCAAACUUGGACGCGCUGACUGCCGAGGCCAACCAGCUGGAGCUGAGUGUCCAGGACCUGAGACAGCAGGUUCACAAAGCAAAGAACGCCAACAUCCAGGGUGCCAUGGACACUAUUGCAGCUGCACACAUGCAGUCUACGACAGCAGAGCUCCGCGCCAACACCUCCACCAGUCAUCCCGGAAACACGGUGGAGGGGUCAGCCACAGUACGGAAAGCCACGGAGGACAAACUGACCGGCGCUCAGAAGGAAUUUGACCGCAAGCACCAAAGAAACUCACAGAAGCUGGACAAACUGUCCACUGAGCUGGAUAAAUUUGACCUGUCACCACUUAGCAAGAAGACAUGUGGUGGUGCAGCUGAAGGGGACGGCUGCCCCGGCUCCCCCUGUGGUGGUUUGGGUUGCGUCGGCAAGGAUGGAGUCCUUCACUGUGGCGGAGAAGGAUGCGGAGGCCUCGUCACAACCUCCCAAACUGCUCACAAAUCAGCCAAAGAGUUGGACCAGGAGAUCGUCACAGCGAUGCAGGAGGUGGACAAGCUCUCCAGGAUGGUGUGGGAAGCCAACAGCCGCGCAAACGAAGCCAAGGUGAAUGCUAUGGACGUGCUGAUCAAAUCCAACCAGAGCAAACAAAGAGUGGAGCAGAACAACGAGCAGCUCCGCAACCUCAUCAAAGAGAUACGAGACCUGCUCACCAAUGAGAAGGCAGAUGUGUCAGUGAUCGAGGCUGUGGCCAACGAGGUGUUGGCUCUGGAGAUGCCGACCUCGACAGAAAAGCUGAAGGAGCUGACGGAGGAGAUCAGGGAGAGGGUGCGAACUCUGACCAGUGUGGAGACCAUACUCAGUCAGAGCGCUGACGACAUCCAGGCUGCAGAGACGCUCUUGAAACAGGCCAAGGCUGCCAGUGAAGAGGCGUCUAACAUGAAGGAGACAGCAGACAUAGUGAAGGCAGCCCUGGUUGAGACUGAGCGUGCUCAGAGUAUCGCCAUGGACGCCAUCCAACUGGCCCAGAACAACACAAAGGGGACUCUGGAACUGCUGAUCUCUGUGGAGUCGGAGACGGCGAUGUCAGAGCUGAAGCUCGGUAACACCACAGGUCGUCUGGUUCAGCUGGAAAUGGAGGUCGGCCUACUGAGACAGAACAACUUUGACGUGGACCGCCUGGCAAAGACGGCAGAUAUGACCACCGACCAGGCCAGACUGAACGCCGAGGAGGCCCAGCAGGAGUUUGACACCGAGGUGAGGGACAAAAUGGUUGAGGUGGAGGACCUGGUGGAGGACAAAGGGGACUCGGUGCUGCAGGCGAGGAGAAGAGCGGACAUGCUGCAGAAGGAGGCCAAAGAGCUGCUCGCCCAGAGCAGAAUCAAGCUGCAGGAACUGGGAGAGUUGGAGAGUUCCUACGAGGCCAACCAGUUAAUCUUGGAGGCAAAAGCUGCAGAGCUGGCCGAGUUGGAGCAAACUGCCCGUAGGCUCCUAGAGGAAAUCAGCUACAAAGUGACGCUGUACAGCACCUGUCUGUGAUCUACCUGGACGCUCCAACACCUCAAACUCUUUAUUGUCCUAAGUGUUCUGGCUGGGAUUUGAAUGGUGCCAAAGGUUUUAAAGCGUUUCAAAGUACUGCUCCCAGAUGAUUCCCAGAGUAUUUGAUAGCUUUUAGGACAAAACACUGUAACAGGUUUGACAUUGUCAGUGCCAACAACUUUGCAUUUAAGUAUUCUGAACAGCUGUGCCAAAAAGGAUUUUAACAAUGGAAACAAGUUGUAAAGCUGCCAAAGACCAUUAAAGUAUUGAAGUAACGAGUCCCAAAGGAAACCACUAAAAGCCAACGUGACCUCAGCGCUCGAAACCAGGAAUGUGUAGAGAAUAUGGAACAAU